AAAUUCACUGGAGGUGAGUGUUGCUUGCGGUGCUGCAAAAAGGCCUCGAGGGGGAGAAAAAACCCGUGCCCUUAGUGAUCUCUUGUUCCAUUCCAAUCAAAUAUUGCUGCAAGUGUGUGGAAAUCAAGGUUGGCAAGCUCUGGUCCCGCGAAGAACCGUUCCGUUUUGUUGCCAGCAGAAGGAGGGAGUGUUUUUUGGGGUUAUGAUUUCGUAAUCGUAGAAAGAUGGUGAAAAUAAGCUGGGCCAGCUGGGACAUACACUGGGAUUUGCACACAUCCCGGAGGGGAAGUUUGCAAAUGGCACUGUUUUUGCUAGUGAUUUGAUUGUUUGCAAACGAUGGCGAACGUGAACCUAGCGUCGGUGGUGCUCCGCACUGCGCUGCGUGCAAAGAUUGGCACCCGCCAGUCCCACGACAUGAUCACGCAGAAGAUCGGCAAGCGGGAGGUGGUCGGACACGGCUGGAACGGUCUGCCGGUGUACGCUGACCGCGUCGACUACCCGAUGCCGGCCAUCCGCUUCAAGGAAAACACCCGUGAUGUCCUGGCUCUGCGCGAGAAGGAGAAGGGUGACUGGAAGAAGAUGUCGGUGCAGGAGAAGAAGGCCCUGUACCGGGCCUCGUUCUGCCAGACGUUCGCCGAGAUGAAGCACCCGACCGGCGAGUGGAAGGCGUGCCUCGGCGCCGCCCUGAUCGCCGCCUCCAUGAGCCUGAUCGGCAUGAUGCUGCUGAAGGCGUUCGUGUACGAACCGAUCCCGGAAACGUUCGACGAGGAGCACCAGAAGGCCCAGCUGAAGCGCAUGCUCGACCUCAACAUCAACCCGAUCCACGGCGUGUCGUCCAAGUGGGACUACGACAACAACAAGUGGAAGUAAAGCACCGGGGUUUCGCAGGUGUGAAAGUAAUUAAAUUCCGUGAUUAUGGUGGUACCCCUCCCUCUCCCCCUUACCCUGGGCGAGUUCUGUGGACGCUUGUUGAGCUAAUAAAAUAUCAGUGAAGCCUCUAGGAUA